ACCCCGGUCUGAGUCCGUGUUCGGCCACAUCGGGAGUGCGUCUGUUUGUGUUCAUUUAUCCGCCGUCUCUGACGCCUGCGCGCUUCUCUGUCGGCACACACGCUGCUGGGGACUGAGUUAGCUGCCAGGUAACCAGCAGCCGCGUUUGGUGUGCUAACCAGGAGCUAGCCUGCAUUAUUUCGCACAAACACUCGCUGAGCGUCUGUGGAGCAGCUGUCUGCGCUUUAAAUGGGGACUACACGCGGCUUCCUAACGACGUCACUGCACGGACUGUAGCGUGUCCAUCAGAUUCAGUUCACCGUUUACCGUAGUGUUUCUCGGAUGCAUCACUCCGAGUCCCCCGGCGGCAGGAGGAUGUCCCACCCGUCCGUGUCCGGCUCCGAUGAGCAGCAGACGUCCGCUCAGCCCCCGCCGCACAGCCUCAGCCUCCAGCCCGCCGCGACGCAGCUCAAGAAGAAGAGCGGCUUCCAGAUCACCAGCGUGCUGCCCGCGCAGGGGUCCUCCGCCAGCGCCAGCAACAGCCUCGCCGAAGACACCGAGAGCUACGACGACAUGGACGAGUCGCACACCGAGGACCUGUCCUCGUCCGACAUCCUGGACGUGUCGGUUUCCCGGGCCACGGACACCGGCGUCCCUGAGAGGAGCUCGUCGGAGGAGACGCUGAAUAGCUUGCAGGGGGGCGAGACGCCGGGAGUCGCGUCGCCUAACGAGCCGGUGAUGCAGCAGGGGUACCUGGUCAACGGCGUCCACCACCAUCACCACAAGACCGGACGCCCCGCGGCUGCUUCAGCAAUCCCCGCCUCGAGCGGGCGCUCCGUGCAAGCUGCGGAGGCAGGCGGCGCUGCACCGGUACCGGACGCCGCCAGAGCUCCGGUCCCCACCGUGAUGCCGGUUGCACCCGCAAAUCCUCCGACCGCGAGCGCGGCGACCACCGCCUCUCGCUUCAGGGUGGUGAAGCUCGAUUCCAACACGGAGCCGUUUCGGAAGGGUCGCUGGACUUGCACGGAGUAUUACGAGAAAGACGCCCCGGCUGGAGACGUCGCGGCCGCCGCGCACAGAGCGGUGGAGAGCGUCCUUCAGUCCGAGCACGAGACCACGAGCGGCAGCUCCUCCGGGAGCACUUUGAGUGGCGGCGGAGACGUUCAGCAGGCCUGCGUCGGUCUGCACGCUCCAGACCCGGGCGCUCACCUGCUUCCUCCGCCCUCCGUUCUGUCGGGUGCUGAGAGUUCCUCUGCCUCGGGGCGACCCUACAGUGUAGAGGCCCAGAGCAGCUACCCUGCCAGCACCAGACCUCCGGUGGAAUACACCCCGAGGCCGGCAAGCGUCCAGCCCGCAGCUCAAAGUGCAGUGUCACCCAGAGCUGUGCCAGGGCUUCCUCCGGGGGCCGUGUCUCCGAGGCCUCAGGUUCCCGGCCCGCAGAUGAGCAUCAACCCGGACCCAACUGGAGCCCAGCUGUUUUCUUCCGCCGCUCUGAGCCACCUGCAGCCGCUGCUGCUGAGGGCCCCGCUCCUCCCGGCGGGCCCCGCGUAUGUGACGGCCUCGCAGCUGGAAGAUGCGCAGCGACUCCUGCUGCAGCACCACACGCUGCUCUCUCUGCCGCGGCUGGCAGCAGGAGGUAUGGCAGGCCUCGCAGGGCCGGCUGCGUCUGAUGCUGCGGCGGCGGUCUCGAGUGCAGAUGAAGACAGGCUGUUCUGUUUGUGGUCCGGGUCGGGUCAGUCCAGUGCCUCUAAAUAUAAUUCACUCGUCUCGUUCCUGUUCCUCCUCCUCUUUUAAAACUGUCGGCCUGCUGAAGACUCGGAGUAAGCGUGUCAGGAUCGCCGUGUGGCCAGCAGCACUAGCGUGUUAGAGUGACGUGUGGACCGUCUGGUUGCCAUAGUGACGCAUCUGCAGUGACUCAGCAGAAGAUGCAGUGUGGCUCUUGUGAGCGUGUGAUGAUGAGGAUGAGGAUGAAGAUGCUACACUGAUCAUGUCCUGCAGGGGUUUAAUGCAGUGUUGAUGCUCUCCUGUGUUUAUUGUUUGCAUGCUCUGUGUGCAGUCCAGUGGAAAAACCCCAGCGGCGUCACAUGACCCGUGUGUGCUUGAAUCAUUGAUGUGCGAGUCCAUCGCCGUGUCUCAUGUAUGUAAUCAGUGCAGUGAUCAGCAUCGGUCUGGACUUCAGCUGAUUCAUUCAGAUAUUCCUUAUUAAUAUUGAACAUGAAACCUCAAUCUGACUCUCUUUACUUUCUUAAAUGAUGUUCUUGGUCUUGAAUCAUGUUCAGUUAAUAGUCAUUCAGUUUUGUUCACUUACGUUUAUUCAUCUUGUAGAAGAGCAGCAGUGCUCACAGUCACAUCACCUUACAGAAGUCAAAUGGUUUCCACUAUUAGGAAAUUAAGCUGAAGACUGCAGCGCUGCUUUGAUAUCUCAAUCUAGCGACAGUAUUUCUGCUUGUUUUGUAUUGUCUUGUUAUUAGCUGAUAUUAGGUGCUGUCUUGAUCUUAGGAAGGUCCGGUUAUUGUCAUGCAUGUUUUGUAUUUGAGUUGCAUGAUGUUUUCUGAGAUCAUGAGUGACUCAGGUGUGUGAUGGAGUUGAGCUGCAGAAGCUGCAGUGCUGAAUUUGUCCUGUAGGUGUCAGUGAAUCUCCUCUCACAGCUGCGCUCUGUCGCAUUCUUCACUGCAGCCCUGUGUGAGUGUGUGUGUGAGAGAGAGUGUGUGUGUGUGUGUGUGUGA